CCUCGGUUGGUGGCGACAGCUCCAGUGAAGCUCCCUCCUCAUCCGGCGUUUCGUCUCUUGGCACAUCUGACAUCAUCACAGAGCAGCCACGCUCCUCCCAGCAUGCCUUGCAGCCGGGAGACUCAGUGGACCUGAGUGCGUCAGAGCAGGGCGUAGGGCCUGAUACUCCAGAUGAGGAAGACGAGGACAUGCUAAGUCGCAGCUCAAGCGGUGGCGCCGGGGUCGUCAGCACGUCCGGUGACUUAGUAACCGAUGGGAACCAGAUGUCAAUGGGAGCAGUGUUGUCGUCGCCCCCUAGUGACAGUUCCCAGACGACUACAGAGGGGCCGGACUCCGCUGUGACGCCUUCAGACUGCGCCGAGCUCGUGCUGGACGGCAGUGAUAGUCAGUACUCAGGGAUGCAGAUCGGCACAUUGCAGGAUGAGGAAGAGGAGGGUGCAGCUCCACCGCCUGAUAAACCUCCAGAGCCUUUCUCUCAGUCAGCACUGGCUUUAAGUAAGCCCCAUCUUCUGGAGGGAAAAGGUCACAACAGGCAAUCAUCCUGUAGCAGUGUGGAUCGAUUCAUACCAAAGGAAGAGGUCCAGGAAGCCGCAGAUCUCGACAACAAGCCAUCUAGGAUUAAAGGAGAAAUUGGUCACUAUACUGACCCAAAGGAAGAGCCUCUGGUGCACUGUGUGCGGUUGUUGGCUGCCUCCUUCCUGCUCACCGGCCAAAGAAAUGGGCUGGUUCCUGAUAAUGAGGUCCGUGUGAGCGUGAAGGCAUUAGCCGUUAGCUGUGUGGGGGCAGCAGCAGCUCUUCUACCCGAAUCCUUCUUCAACAAACUCUACUUGCAGCCAUUAGAAGGACAAGAGCCAGAUGAGCAACAGUACAUCAGUGAUAUACUGCAGUACAUUGAACAUGGGGAUCCUCAGAUCAGAGGAGCAACAGCCAUCAUGUGUGGGGCUUUAAUCCAAGGCAUCCAGCUCAAGACACGCUACAACACAGAGACAUGGCUGUCCCAGAUCCACUCCGUCACAGGAAACUCUGUGACACUCAAAAAUGUUGUGCCUCUGCUGCAACGAAGUCUAAAAGAUGAAUCUUCAGUCACAUGUAAAAUGGCCUGUGCUGCUGUUAGGACCUGUAUCAUGGCGUUGUGCAGUGGAAGUUUAAGUGAACUUGGCCUGCAGCUGCUCAUUGAUUUGCUGACCCUGAAAGACUGCUCCUAUUGGCUGGUUCGCACUGAGCUUUUGGAGACCCUUGCUGAGAUCGAUUUUCGGUUAGUAAGUUUCUUGGAAAGAAAAACUGAGAAGUUGCACAAAGGAGAGCAUCACUAUACCGGGCUGUUGAGGCUCCAGGACAGGGUUCUAAAUGAAGUUGUGCUUCAUUUACUGGGCGAUGAAGACCCGCGUGUGAGACAUGUGGCAGCAAACACCAUCAGCAGGCUGGUGCCCAGGUUGUUCUUUGACUGUGACCAGGCUCAGACAGACCCGGUUGUGGCCAUAGCUCGAGAUCAGAGCAGUGUGUACCUGCAGCUGCUAAUGCACGAGACCCAGCCUCCAUCACAGUUCACUACCAGCACUAUUACACGAACAUACCGUGGCUACAAUCUGGAUCAGAGUGCACCGGAUGUUACAGUGGAGAACAACCUAUCCCGGGUCAUCGCUGCCGUCUCCCACGCCCUCACCUCCUCCACUUCCAGAGCCACCACUUUUGGCUGUUGUGAGGCUCUGUGCCUUUUGUCCAGCACCUUCCCAGUGUGCACUUGGAGCACAGGCUGGCAUUGUGGCUAUGUGUGCUCCUCUGUCUUUCAUCUCAACCGCUCCAGCCAGUACCGCAGCCGAGGACAUUCCUUUAGUCUCUCUCAGCCUGCUGGUAGUGAGGACAUGCGCCGGUCUCUGACGGUCGGUGUGGCCAGUAUGGUUUUGUCUCUCAUCUCCUCUGCCUGGUUCCCUCUUGAUCUGUCUGCACAUCAGGCUGCUCUGCUACUGGCUGGAAACCUUCUCGCGGCUGUUGCACCAAAGUGCAUGAAGAGCCCGUGGGCAGGUGAGGAGGAGUCUAACUCCGCCCCUUCGAAGGUAGAGGAGGCGUGGCCUGCUCUUAAUGACCGCUCUCUGGUUGUUAUGGUGGAGCAGCUGUUCUCACACCUGCUGAAGAUCCUUAACAUCUGCGCCCAUGUGCUGGAAGACACACCCCCAGGCCAUGCGGCCAAGGCUACUUUACCCUCAUUGGGCAACACUCCAUCUCUCAGUCCAAUCAGACGAAAGGGGAAAGAGAAGGAGAUGACGGAGCCGAGCACCACCCCCAUGAGCCCAAAGAAAGGAGGAGAAGCCAACACGGGCAGAUCGGUGGACAGCACAGCGACACCAGCCGUUAACAAAUCCACCACUCUGGGCAGCUUUUAUCACCUGCCUCCUUAUCUGAAGCUUUAUGAUGCACUGAGAGCUACACAUGCUAACUACAAAGUCACCUUAGACCUUCACAACACUAAUGAGAAGUUUGGAGGUUUCCUGAGGUCGGCGCUUGAUGUUCUUUCACAGCUGCUUGAGAUGGCCACCCUGCAUGAUAUUGGCAAAUGUGUUGAAGAGAUCCUGGGUUACCUCAAGUCCUGUUUUUCAAGGGAACCCACUAUGGCCACUGUGUGUGUUCAGCAGCUGUUGAAGUCGUUGUUUGGGACCAAUCUUGCAUCUCAGUAUGAGGGGGCGUCGUCUCACCCAUGUCGGUCCCAGGGCAAGGCCCUCCGGCUCGGCUCGACCAGUGUCAGACCCGGCCUCUACCAUUACUGUUUCAUGGCCCCAUACACUCACUUUACCCAGGCCCUCGCAGAUGCCAGCCUCAGAAACAUGGUGCAAGCUGAACAAGAGCAGGACGCCUCUGGGUGGUUUGAUGUCAUGCAAAAAGUGUCCAAUCAACUGAGGUCGAGUAUCACCAAUGUCACUCGCCAUCGAGGAGACAAGAAUGCCAUUCAUAAUCACAUCCGUUUGUUUGAGCCGCUGGUGAUAAAGGCUCUGAAGCAGUACACCACCAGCACCUCAGUGGCUCUACAAAGACAGGUGCUGGACCUUCUCACCCAGCUUGUGCAGCUCCGGGUCAACUACUGUUUGCUUGAUUCAGACCAGGUAUUCAUUGGUUUCGUGCUGAAGCAGUUUGAAUAUAUUGAAGUGGGGCAGUUCAGGAACUCUGAAGAGAUUGUGCCCAACAUUUUCUUUUUCCUGGUUCUGCUGUCCUAUGAGCGCUACCACUCCAAACAGAUCAUCAGCAUCCCAAAGAUCAUUCAGCUGUGUGAUGGCAUCAUGGCCAGCGACAGGAAGGCAGUAACACACGCAAUCCCUGCACUGCAGCCUAUAGUACAUGACCUCUUUGUGCUGCGUGGCUCCAAUAAAGCAGAUGCGGGGAAGGAGCUGGACACUCAAAAGGAGGUGGUGGUGUCCAUGCUGCUACGCCUCAUACAACACCAUCAGGUGCUGGAGAUGUUUAUUCUAGUCCUACAGCAGUGCCAUAAAGAGAACGAAGAUAAGUGGAAGAGGCUUUCACGACAGAUCGCUGACAUCAUCCUACCAAUGAUCGGCAAACAGCAAAUGCAUCUGGACUCCCAUGAGGCUUUGGGUGUGUUAAACACACUGUUCGAGACUGUGGCUCCCUCCUCUCUGCGGCCUGUGGACAUGCUACUGAAGAGCAUGUUCAUCACGCCUUCUACACUAGCCUCAGUGGGUACGGUGCAGUUGUGGGUGUCUGGGAUUCUCGCCAUCCUGCGCGUCCUCAUCUCACAGUCCACAGAGGACAUCAUUCUGUCUCGUAUUCAGGAGCUUUCUUUGUCGCCAUACCUCCUUUCCUGUCCCACCAUCCGUCGGUUGUGUGAUGAUGACUCCUCCCCUCCCGAAGUUCCGCCCACCACCAUGGAAGACGCCAAUGGAGAGCCACAACACGUUCCACCUGAGGAAACAUUUGCUAGGUUCUUAUUGCAGUUAGUGGGGGUGAUGCUGGAUGAUAUCGCCACUAAACAGGUGAAAGUUGACAUGAGUGAACAGCAGCACACGUUCUACUGUCAGCAGCUGGGCACACUGCUCAUGUGUUUGAUCCACAUCUUCAAAUCAGGAAUGUUCCGUCGGAUCACGGCAGCAGGCAGCAGGCUGCUGAAGGCUGAGGGAGGCGAAGGGGGUCAUUUUUAUGCUUUGGAGGGUUUGAACAGCCUGGUGCUCCAGCUCAUCACUACACACCCAUCUCUGGUCCUGCUCUGGUGUCAGGUCCUUCUCAUCAUCAACUACACCAACUACACCUGGUGGUCCGAGGUGCAUCAGACCCCCAGGAGGCACAGUCUGUCCAGCACUAAGCUGCUGAGUCCGCACUCAUCUGGAGAGGAGGAGAGGCCCGAGGGGAAGCUGGCUAUGUUUAACAGAGAGAUCGUCCGACGAGGAGCACUUAUCUUCUUCUGUGACUAUGUGUGUCAAAACCUGCAUGACUCUGAGCAUCUGACGUGGCUGACAGUGAAUCAUGUGAGUGAUCUGAUCAGUCUUUCCCAUGAGCCUCCAGUGCAGGAUCUCAUCAGUGCUGUGCACCGAAAUUCAGCAGCCAGCGGACUCUUCAUACAGGCUAUACAAUCACGCUGCGACAACCUUUCUACUCCGGUAAUGCUGAAGAAGACCCUGCAGUGUCUGGAGGGCAUUCAUCUAAGUCAGUCUGGGGCUCUGCUAAUGCUAUACGUGGACAAGCUACUCAACACGCCGUUCCGUGUGCUGGCUCGCAUGGUGGACACACUCGCCUGCAGACGUGUGGAGAUGCUGCUUGCCGAGACCUUGCAGAAUAGUAUCGCUCAGCUGCCGCUGGAGGAGCUGGACAGGAUUCAGCAGUACCUGCAGACCAGUGGCCUUGCGCAAAGGCAUCAGCGGUUCUACUCCCUGCUGGACAGGUUCAGAGCCACUAUUGCUGAGGAUACCACGAGCCCUGCCGCCCCCAUUACCUCACACCCACUGGACGGGGACCCGCCUCCUCCCCCUGAAAAUGUGGAACCCAAUAAAGAGUGGUAUGUUGCUCUGGUGAAAUCUCAGUGUUGUCUGAGAGGUGAAGGAGCUCUGUAUGAAACUACAGAGCUUCUGACGAAACUUCCCCAAUCUGACCUGAACGCAAUCAUGACCUGCAAGGACUUUAACUUGUGUCUGCUGGCAUCAUGUCUGAGUGUUGGGGUACAGAGGGUGUGUAAGGAUCAUGGGACCGUUAUAUUUGACACCGCUCAACAGGUGGCCUUUGAGCGAUUGGCUGGUGUCAUUGAGCUCCUCCCCUCCCCUCAUCAGCCCCUCCUACCCUCCUCCCAAAUAUGUGGGGACUAUUGGCAGAAGCUUAAUCAAGUCUACAGUGAGCCUGGGUUUUAUCAGACGGUGUUGAGUCUGUGUGGCGUGGUGAGUCAGUACCUGCUGUCUCUGUCCAAACUACCGUCCUCACUACACAUUCCCAAAGACAAAGAGACUCUCAUUACCUCCUUCAGCACUCUCGCCAUAGAGGUGGUGGUUUGGCGUUUGCUGCAGGAUCAGCUGCCUCUGAGUGUGGACAUGCAAAUGAGUCUGGCGUGUCUGUGUCUGGCUCUCCAGCAGCCGGCGGUGUGGACACACUUCACCUCACACACCUACCUCACACACACCUGCUCCAUCGUCCACUGUAUACAGCUCCUCAUCCACGCAGUCGCUGUUGGUCCUGGUGACCAGCUUCUGAGGCCGGAGCGGAAAACAGAGCAGUCAGAAGACCAGGUGGACUCUGCAUAUAAACAACUUGAAUGGCGGUGUUGUGAGAUCAUGGCCGAGCUGGUUGAAGGUCUGCAGAGUGUGCUGGCUCUGGGUCACCAUAGAAACAAGAACAUUCCAGCGUUCCUUACACCUACUCUACGGAAUGUCAUCAUCAGCCUCGCCAGGCUGCCCAUUGUGAACAGCUACACACGAAUCCCAUCACUGGUCUGGAAGCUGGGCUGGUCACCCAGGCCGAGUGGAGAAUUUGGCACAGCAUUGCCAGAGAUCCCUGUAGAGUUCCUGCAGGAGAAAGACGUCUUCAGAGAGUUCCUCUACCGCAUUAACACUCUGGGCUGGAGCAGUCGGACACAGUUUGAGGAGACGUGGGCCACUCUGUUGGGAGUGCUGGUCACUCAGCCAAUCACGAUGGACCAAGAAGAGGAAACCCAGCAAGAGGAGGAUAUGGAGAGGACUCAGAUCAAUGUACUGGCGGUUCAGGCCAUCACCUCUCUGGUGCUGAGUGCCAUGACUCUGCCCACAGCAGGAAAUCCAGCCGUCAGCUGCCCUGAACAGCAACCCCGCAACAAAAUCCUUAAAGCUCUGGACACCAGGUUUGGUCGCAAGCUCACUGUGAUUAGAGGAAUGGUUGAGCGUGAGAUUCAGGCCAUGGUGUCAAAGAGAGACAACCUCGCCACACACUUCCCCUAUCAUGCCUGGGACCCCGUGCCAUCCUUAUCAUCCUCAACGGCAGGCACCCUCAUCAGCCAUGAGAAACUCCUGCUGCAGAUUAACACCGAGAGGGAGAUGGGCAACAUGGACUACAAACUGGGUCAAGUGUCAAUUCACUCCGUGUGGUUGGGAAAUAACAUCACCCCUCUAAGGGAGGAGGAGUGGGGUGAGGAUGAGGAAGAUGAGACAGAUGCCCCAGCACCUGCCUCCCCACCAAUAUCGCCGAUCAACUCCAGGAAGCACCGUGCAGGGGUUGACAUCCAUUCCUGCUCUCAGUUCCUUCUGGAGCUCUACAGUCAGUGGAUCCUCCCUGGCAGCCCCAGUAGCAAGAAGACUCCUGUUGUACUCCUCAGUGAGGUGGUCAGAUCGCUGCUGGCAGUGUCUGAUCUCUUCACUGAGAGGAAUCAGUUUGAUAUGAUGUUCUCCACUCUGACUGAGCUGCAGAAGGUCCAUCCACCAGAAGAUGAGAUUCUCAACCAGUACCUCGUGCCAGCUAUCUGCAAAGCAGCCGCAGUGCUUGGCAUGGAUAAAGCCAUCGCAGAGCCUGUGUGCCGUCUGUUGGAGAGCACCUUGCGCAGCACUCAUCUGCCCAGUCGAAUUGGCGCUCUUCACGGAGUUCUGUACGUGCUGGAGUGCGACCUACUGGACGAUACGGCACGCCAGCUUAUACCUACCGUCAGUGAAUACCUGCUCUCUAACCUUAAAGCUAUAGCACAAUGUGUGAAUCUACACAACCAACAGCAUGUGUUGGUGAUGUGCGCGGUGGCCUUCUACAUGAUGGAGAACUACCCCCUGGAUGUAGGGUCUGAGUUCAAUGCCGGGAU